CGCCGCCACCGCCGUCCUCUCCCCUCCUGCCGCCUCCCAUCGCCUUGGACUUCAUUCCGUCCCCUCCUUGCCUCCCCCCUCCCCCUCCCCUCUCGAUCUCCUCCCCUCCGACGGCCAGCGACCACGGGCAUGGGCCGGCCAGCCCGGUGGCAAGCAUGGGCCACGCUGGCCUUGCUGCUUGGCAUGGUGGCCCGCGCGCUCGGUCAGGAUGUGUACUUCCACGCGGCCCCGUACUCGGUCCUGAGUCCGCCCCGGCCGAUGAGCCUCAUUGCUUCGAGCGGCCUCCUGCCGUCUGCUCUGUACCGUGUGAGUAACUCGCAAUUCCGCCUUCACCGGGCGUCGCUCGUGGCAAUCCACGCACCAGAGACUCGCUGGGGUCUUUUCCUCCUGGAGACAGCGGGCAAUAUCGACUCUGCCCGGCCAGACAACCCGGGAACCGCGGAGAUCCUGGUGCCAAGCGCCCCGGCCCUCACGCCUCCUCUGCUGGUGGAGCACACCCCGGAUGGGGUGGGAUUUUUCCACCUGCCACAGCGCCAUGCCUUUCCCCGGCCGGAUGUCGAGCUGCUCGUGGGGAUUGAGAGGCUGGCGAUCGGUGUGGAUCUCCUUGGUCUGGCUGGCGACCCGGGCCCGGGUCGCACCAUUCUCUGGACAUACCUGGGCCCCGACAAACUGACCAUCCAGGGCCACGAUGGCCUGCCCAUGACGGGUGCCGUGCUGGCGGCAGCCGGCUUCGGGCGGACCUUCUUCCUGGUCGAUGACAUCCGCCUCAGCAAGUUGAGUAUCCUCCCAAGCGGGUCGCCCAGCUCACUGACGAGGGAGGCCCCGGGCCGGGUGGUCCAGCUCGAAGCCACGUUCCUCGGGUUUUGGCAUGUCCAGGACUCGACCGAGGAGGAUGUGGUGAUGCUGCUGGAUUCCGGGGAUAUUUGUCUGUACAAUCGCUUCGGGGCCACCGACCAGGGGAUGGUGGCGGCCGGCCGGUUGCCAGUCGGGGUGCCCCUGAGUGGGUCUCGGGUGCUGGUCGGCUCGGCCACCGCCAGCCAAACCUACGGCUCGCCGCUGUAUGUGGUGUCACCGGGCGCGGCCGACCCCCGGGACCGGGUCUGGCGCCUGUCCCUCGAGACCGGUACCAUCAAGUGGCAGCGGGUGGUCUUGCCUCCGGCGGUGACCGAUGUGUCGGCGCUGCAGCUGCUGCUGUGGCCCUUUGGCAGCACAUCCACCAAGUGGCAUCUUGUUGAUGGCCAACUUCGGGCUCUCUUUGAUUCGGGGGAUUUCCGCUGUGCCGAUGACCCGAGCAUCGCGUGCGAUCGGGAGGGCCAGGCUUCCGGUUCGUCGCUCGGGUGGGCUUGCGUUCCGGAUCGCGUCGAAGCGCCGCUCGUCUCGUCGAAGCGCCUGUGCACCGGGUGUCCUGAGGGCUGGUACCUGGACCGUCCGCCUGGCGAGGCACCCUUUUCCCAGCCCGGACACGAGUGCCGGCCAUGCGCGCAGGCCGGCUGCCGCACGUGCGACCAGGACCACUGUCUGGUGUGCGAGGACGGCCUGCUGCUCGAACCGAGCGGCCGGGCCGGCGGUACCGUCUGCGUGGCGUCCUGCUCGGCCGGCUUCCGGCCGGUGUCCGGCAUGUGCACUCUGAGCGAUGUUGCCCUGCCGGGGGUCGGCCUGACGGCGCCGCUGGCGGCCAGUCUCAUGGCCGGGCUGGACCCCGGCGACCGGAUCACCGCCAUCGGCCAGACGUGGCUCUCGGUGGACGUGUCCUCCGGCGUGCCCAUCCUGCCGGCCAGCGCCAGCGGCCCGGCCACGGGGGUGCUCCUUUUCACGGAGCACCUCAAGUCCUACCUCCUUCCGAUCGAGGCCAUCGGCAGCCCGGGCAGGUACGUGGCGAAGGAGAUCCGCUUGUUUGCCUCGCCGCUUGUCGCUCCGGUGGUGGGGUUCGUCGAGAUCGGCCCCUUCCACGAGGCCGGAGGCCUGCUCUACAUGCUGCAGGUGGUUGAUCGAAACGGGAACGCCGGAGUGGCCGACCUGUAUUGCCCAGGCAUGGGGCCCUGCGAGUCGGCCCUGCUGUCUUCCCUGUAUGGGAUAGCGAGCAACUGCUCCAACAUUGCGUGGCGCUUCGGUGAGCGGCACACUGCGACCGUCCGGUCUCCCGAUGAGGUGAUCAUCUACGAGCACCACGACGAGCAGGGUUCCGGGAAGGUGUUUCAUGUCGCGACCACCGGGCUGCAGGCCCUGUCUUGGGGGCCGGAGUCGGGACGCACCGACACGACGGGCCCCAACUGGAUGGUAAUGUCCUCGAAGGAUGCCGGGCCGAGCGCCCUGCCGCAAGACAUGGGCGAUGCCUUUGGGGAUGCUUGGCUGCCGCUGACGGGGCGCCUCUUGGCAGACCCGCCGGCAGUCAGUGGGCGCUUUGUGCCGGCACUGCUCGCCCGCGGGCCCGGGGCCCGGGUGUCGGAGGAGCUGUUCUUCACCAACACCGUCGGCACGGAGUGGCAAAUCGUCCAUGUGCCUGGGGACAUGGUGCCGACCGGGCGAUCCACCGGCCUGCCCUCCAGCCGGCAAGUCAUCGGCACCUUCCCCCAGGCAUUGGAGGUCCCGACCGGGGAGCACCACGAUGUCCUGUUCCAGGCGGUGGCCCUGCCGGACGGCGGCUCGCGGUACCCCAGUGCGCUGCUCCUGCUGUCGCGCACCUUUGUCGGGCUGUCGGUGCUUCACUGCCCGGGCGGGCCGGCCGGGGCGUGCGCCCUGCUGCCGGCGGUCUUCGCGGAGCUGCCGGUGGAGCUGCGGCCUCCGGCCGACACGGCCCUGUGGAGCCUGGCCGUGGUGCAGGCUGUGCCGGCCAGCGGUGGUACAUCGGCGCUGUCGCUCGGCUCGGGGCAGCAGCUGAAUUUCUUGAUCCUCGUGCCGGCCACCGGGCCGGUGGUCUUUUCGCUGGUGCUGGGCUGCCCGGCCGGGACAUAUGGGCCCAUGUGCGAUGGGUGCCAUCCCACAUGCGCGGCCUGCGUGGGCCCCGAGGAGCCGGACCACUGCACGGCCUGCGUCCCCGGGAGGGCAUGGCUCCAUGGCCGGGCCUGCGUGAGUGAAUGCCCGUUCGGCAUGUGGCCCGAUGUGUCGGAGUGCCGGGCCUGCCCGGCCGGCUGUGUGACCUGCACCACGGCGGCCACCUGCACCGGCUGCGAGGCGGGGCGCUUCCUUUCGAGUGCGCACGCAUGCGAGCCGUGCGACGGGUCGUGCGCCAGUUGCACCGACGACCGGGGCUGUGAUGCUUGCCGGCCGGGCUUGGUCUUUGCGAGUGUGGAUGCCGAGAUGCCCUCGCGCUGCACGUCGGCCUGCCCGCCGGGCGAGUAUCUCGGGGAUGGCCGGUGCGCCGUGUGCCAUGUCUCGUGCGAGCUGUGCGCCGGUGGCGCGGCAUCGUGCACGGUGUGCGCCGAAGGCUUCGGCUGGGCGAGCCCGCCGGGCCCCGGGAGCACGGGGGCCUGCGUCGCCUGCGACCCGGGGUGUGUGUCCUGCACGGCGGACCACUGUCUGGCCUGCGGGCCGGGGCUACUGCUGACACACGGUGGCACAUGCGUGGCCUCCUGCCCGGCUGGGUGGUGGCCCGACGGCGAGUCGUGCCAGCCGUGCGAUGUCAGCUGCAGCACUUGCAUCGGCGGGGGGAGUGCCCAAUGCACCGGCUGCUCUCCGGGGUUGGAGCUGAUGGAGAGCGGCGAUCUGGCGGGCUUCUGUGCCUCCGGUUGCGCGGAGGGCGAGUACUGGGACACGGAUGCCCUGCUGCAGGAUGGCGACUGCGUGCAGGCCUGCGCCGCCAGGCAUGUGGCCCUUGCCGGGCGGUGCCUGCCCUGCCAUGUGUCGUGCGACGCGUGUACCGGGACCCGGAGCACCGAGUGCGGUGCCUGCAUCGACGACCUGCUGGCCCUGCCGGCCGGGCAGACCCCGGCCCGGUGCGUGCCCGCCUGCCCGGCCGGAUACAGCCCCUCGGCCGGCGGGUGUGCCGCCUGCCCGGGCCACUGUGCCAGCUGCCCGGCGUCGAGCACCGAAUGCGGCCUGUGCCAGCGGGGGUGGCUGCUGGCCCGGCCGGACUGCGUGGAAAACUGCCCGGAGGGGACCUCGUCGCUGGGCAGUGAGUGCAUCUUCUGCCACGAGGGCUGUGGCAGCUGCUUUGGCCCGGGGCCCGAGCAGUGUCUGUCCUGCCCUGGGCACGCACCGCUCCUGGUGGCCGGCCGCUGUCUGUCCGAGUGCCCGGCCGGGAUGUUCCCGGACCGGGGCACCUGCACCCCCUGCAGUGACACCUGCGCUGCGUGCACCGGGCCGACGGACAUCGAGUGCACCCUUUGCGCCGGGGAUAGGGCGCUGCUGGGGGGCACCUGCCGGGCUGGCUGUCCGGGGCGCUUUUUCGCCGAGGACAAUGUGUGUCUUCCCUGUGGGGCGUUCUGCGCCAGCUGCCAGGACGCGAGUGGUUGCACCGGCUGCGAGGAUGGGUUCAUGCUGCAGCCCAACGGUGGCUGCGCUGCUGGCUGUCCAGCUCGGUCGGUCGGGUGCACGGCCCAGGCCCGGUGCAUCCCCUGCUCGGGGGAGUGCGCCGCGUGCGAGGUCUUUGGCCCGGGCUGUGAUGCUUCGUGCACGCACUGCGAGCCGGGGUAUGUUCUGUCGGACGGCGCGUGCUACGUUGCCUGCCCGGCUGGGGAGUUCCUGCCGGCCGGUGCGCAUGCCUGCGGGCCAUGCUCGGCGGAGUGCCGGACGUGCUUUGGCGCGGCAGGGCAGUGUACCGGCUGCAACGGUGGCCUCCUGCACCCGGGCGCGGGCAUCUGCGCGUCGGCCUGCGCCGGGGCGUCGGCCCCGGUGGCCGGCGUCUGCCUGAGCUGCUUCGCCGAGUGCGACCAAUGCGAGGCCGGGCCCGGCCAGUCGGAUGUGGCCCCCCUGCCGGGGGACGGCCCGCUGGCGGCGGCGCGCGACCUCGUCGAGGCUGGCUGGCAGGCGGAUCCCAGUCGGCGGCCUCCAGCGACCACCGUGCGCCAGCGGUGUGUGGCACUCUUCGUCUCCGUCAAUGGCUUGGCUCUCUCCUGA